GUGUUGCGUUUAGACACAAAAAGAAAAUAAGUUGCUAGCUAAUGUUAGUAAGAGAUAAAUAUAGUGUGAAAAACACUAGCUGCUGUUGCUGCCAUUUUGGCAUUAUGAUUAAUCUUUUUAUUUGCCGGUUUACAUCGUACUUUGCAUUCAUUCUCGAUAGCACUUUGCAACAGUCGUGCGAGGACGGAGGUUCUUUCUAGGAAAAGGAAAGAUUGAGAAAAUUGCAAAUUGCGCUUUAUUCGUUUAAGUUAUAGAGAAUCAACUGUACCAACACUUAUAGUGAAAAUUGUGUUUUUACGCAAAUAUUUAUAAAUUAUCUAAAAUUUUAUUAAAAUCCUCAUAAAAUAUGUCGAGCGUACCUAGCAAGCGCCCCAAGUUGUCCAAUGAUGCCGAUGCAGUAACAAAUAAUGAAGAGGAAGCAGAAGCACUAGAACAAAUUGAUGCUUGCCAGAAUGAGAUUGAUGAGUUAAACGAGCAGGCUAGUGAAGAAAUCCUUAAAGUUGAACAAAAAUACAACAAACUUCGCAAGCCAUGCUACGAAAAACGCAGUGACUUGGUUAAAAGAAUCCCUAAUUUUUGGGUAACAGCGUUUAUAAAUCAUCCACAAAUUUCUGGUAUUCUCGAUGAAGAAGAAGAAGAAUGCCUGCAUGCUCUUAACAAAUUAGAGGUUGAAGAGUUUGAAGAUAUUAAAUCUGGUUAUCGCAUACAUUUUUAUUUUGAAGAAAAUCCUUAUUUUGAAAAUAAAGUUCUUUCUAAAGAAUUUCAUCUUGGAUCUGGUUCGGACAAUAACGAAUGUCCCUCUUCAACAAGUACUACUAUCACUUGGAAGGAAGGAAAGAAUCUAUUAAAACACCUAUUAUCAAAACCAUUUAACAAUAAAAAGAAGAGGAAUUCCGAAUAUAAAACUUUCUUUGACUGGUUUACCGAUAAUAGUGAUCCUGUUAAUGAUGAAAUUGCAGAAUUAAUAAAAGACGACCUCUGGCCAAAUCCCCUACAAUAUUAUUUGGUACCUGAUGUAGAGGUUGAACAAGAAGAGGAAGAUGAUGAGGAUAAUGAUGAUAAUGAGGAAGAAAUGUUUGACGAUGAAGAUGGUGAAGGGGAUGAUGAUGAAGAUGAGGAUGAAAAGUAAAUAGGACCAUUUACUUUAUAUUAAAUCACACAAUCCUUUUCUUUUACCACAGCUUUUAAUUUAUAAAUUGCGACAUAACUUUCCUUUAGUUAUAAACACAAUUAAGAUUGAAAAUGUAUGUUAAAAAAAACCUUUUAACUUUAGGAAAUAUUUUUCAAAAAUAAACAGUUUAUAGUAUA